AUGGCUAAACCGGAAAAUGACGACACGACUCCCGAGAAACAACAAACAUGGGGAACAUGGGAAGAGCUUCUCCUCGCAUGCGCCGUGCACCGUCACGGUACCGACUCAUGGAACUCCGUUUCCUCCGAAAUCCAAAAACGGACUACUAAUCUCCGUUCACUCACCGCCUCCGAUUGCCGGAACAAAUACACCGACCUCAAAUGCAGAUUCACACAAGAACUGGGUUUACCGGAAUCCGUCGCCGAGAUCUCAACCGUUCCUUGGCUAGAGGACUUGAGGAAGCUCCGAGUCGAUGAACUCCGUCGCGAAGUCGAACAAUACGAUCUAUCCAUCUCGUCGUUGCAAUCGAAGGUGAAGAAAUUGGAAGAAGAGAGAGAGAUAAGCUUAAACGAGCUAGACACGGAAAUCGAGAACUCUCCAGAUCUAGAUAAAAUCGUUGAGAAGAAGGAGCAUCGCCGGGAAUCGGUUAGCGAUUCCGCCGAACCGGUGGUCCCAAAGCCACCGAUUACGUCAGUGAACGGUUCCAUUUCCCCAGAUCCGAAAGAGGAUAGUCCUGGGACUGGAUCGGAGAACGCGAAGAGGGACGAGGAAAUGGUCGGACUCGACGACGGUGGAGAAGCGAAGCUUGCCGGAGAAGAUUCGUGUAGAGGGAGCUGUGAGGGUGUUGAGAAGGAAUCCGCGGAGAACUCGGAGAGAGUUGAACCGGGGAGAAGGACCGAGUUAACUGAGUCGAUGGCUGAGUCGGAAGGAGGAGGGAACGGUGGAGAUGAAGGAGGGAAGGAGACGAGUGAUGUGCAGAGCUCGGCGAGCUUGCCGAGAAAAGGAACGUCGGAACCGGAGAACGAAGAUCAGUCGCCGAGCACCAAAGAUUUAUUUCCCGUCGAAUCUCAGCCGUCGAUUAGUUUCGUCGAGAUUCUUCUGUCUAAUCCCUGUGGCUCCCACUUUUCGCGCCGACUCGAAACCCAGGAAACACUCGAGUACAGUAAGAUCAUUAGAGAGCACAUAGACUUGGAGAUAAUCCGGAAGCGAGUCGAAGAAGGGUGGUACAAAAGCUCGAUGAACAAAUUGUUUCGCGAUUUGCUUCUACUAAUCAACAAUGCAAGAUUCUUUUACCCAAAGAAAACUUCUGAGUUUAAUUUCGCAGUUCAGCUCAACGAACUCGUCAAGAAACAGAUUACUACUACUACUAUCAAGAAGAAACCUAAAGAGAUCUCACCACCAAAAGCGAAUUCCUGCUUGGAGUUAGUUCCAUUUGUAGAAACUGUUAAUACAGUCUCUUCUUCAAAGCCGGUUUCUUCGAAGCCAAGAAUGUCUGUUCCUAUUGUAGCUUGUCGGAAACGUAGCUCAUUGGCUACUAAACCAUUGCCUCCUGGAUCAGACAAGAAAGAUGAAACCUUUGGAGAAGACGAUGAUGAUAAGUCUCUGGUUUCGAAGAAGAUGACGAGAGGAAGAACCACCUCGACUAAAAAAGUAGCAAUCAGGAACGUCAAGAACCGUGAUUCGGGUUUGAAUGUUGAUGAGGUUAAGAAAACUGAUGAAGAGAAGAAAGGUAGUAAUAAAAGUGGAAGCUCGAAAAAGAAAAGUGCUGCUGCGAGUUUUCUCAAGAGAAUGAGAGUGGGUUCUUCUUCGUCUGAUACUUUGGUUGAGACAUUGAAGCCAAGCUCUGCGACUGAUUCUUCAAGUACCGGAAAAGGAGGCGCAGAACAGAGGAAGAACAAGAGUAACAACAGCAACAAAGCCGGUGCUAAGAAACGAGCAACAACAACAGGGAAAAACCAAACAAGUCCUGUGAAGAAAAACAAUGGUCGAGCCAUGAAAAGAGUAGCUGCCCCAUCUUCUUCUUCUCCGAUUCUGGGAAAGCGAAGCAGAGAAGCUGGUCAUGAAAAGGAGGGAGGUUCGUAUUCUUCUACGCGCUUGAAGAAACGUGUAAGGAGGUGA